AUGACUUCGUACCUUCCCCAAGAAGAAUUCACGACCAAUAUAUACGAUUAUGAAGAGACACCAGAGAACAAGUCUUGGGCGUCAGCAUUGCCUGUAGCUCAAGGGUUGUACAACCCAGAGCUUGAGAAGGACGCCUGUGGUGUCGGUUUCACCUGUCACUUGAAGGGUGAAGCCUCCCACAAAAUCGUGUCGGACGCCCGCAACCUCUUGUGCAACAUGACCCACAGAGGUGGUGAGUUAAACCCAAAGGAUGGUGAUGGUGCUGGAUUAUUGUCAUCCAUUCCUCAUACCUUCUUGAGCCGCGAGUUCAAGUUCCACUGCAACGUCGACUUGCCCACCUUGGGCCAGUACGGUACCGGUAACAUCUUCUUCAAGAAGGACGACACCGUGUUUGAGAAAUCCAAGGCCACUUUCGAAUCCAUAGCCUCUUCCCUCGGUUUGAAAGUGCUUGGCUGGAGAAAGGUCCCACAUGACUCUUCCAUCUUGGGCCCUGCCUCUCUCUCCAGAGAACCUCUCAUCUUACAGCCUGCCAUUGUCUUGGCCGAGUUGGAGUCUACCCAGCUCUCCGACGACGAAUUUGCCCAAAAAUACCAAAAGGACUUCGAAAAGAAGUUGUUCAUUCUUAGAAAACAGUCAUCUCAUACCAUUGGAUUGCACAACUGGUUCUACAUCUGUUCUCUUUCCAACAAAACCAUAGUUUACAAGGGUCAAUUGGCUCCCAACCAAGUCUACGCAUACUACCACGAUUUGGUCAACGCUGACUACCAGGCACAUUUUGCAUUAGUUCAUUCCCGUUUCUCCACUAACACCUUCCCAUCCUGGGACAGAGCUCAGCCUUUGAGAUGGGCCGCUCACAACGGUGAAAUCAACACCUUGAGAGGUAACAAGAACUGGAUGAGAGCCAAGGAAGGUGUGAUGGCUUCCAAAUUGUUUGGUGACGACUUGGACAAGCUCUACCCAAUCAUCGAAGAGGGUGGUUCCGAUUCCGCUGCUUUCGAUAACGUGUUGGAAUUGUUAGUUAUCAACGGUGUUCUUUCUCUUCCAGAAGCCGUGAUGAUGUUGAUUCCUGAAGCUUGGCAAAACGAUGCUAACAUCGACCCAAAGAAGAAGGCCUUCUACGAAUGGGCUGCCUGUUUGAUGGAGCCAUGGGAUGGUCCUGCUCUUUUCACUUUCGCCGAUGACAGAUACUGUGGUGCUAACUUGGACCGUAACGGUUUAAGACCUUGUCGUUACUACGUCACCGAUGACGAUAGAAUGAUCUGUGCCUCCGAAGUCGGUGUGAUUGAAAUCGAGCCUGAAAAGGUCAUUCAAAAGGGAAGAUUGCAACCCGGUAGAAUGUUGUUGGUCGACACCAAGGAAGGUAGAAUUGUUGAUGACCGUGAGUUGAAACAAUCGGUUGCCUCCAGAUUCGACUUCAAGUCCUGGGUCAUGGCUAACAUGAUUACCAUGAACGAUUUGGUUGAAAAGUUGACCUCCAGAGAUGUCGACUUGAACGAUUCGGCCAUCUCCAAAGAUAUCACCGUUCAGACCGACCCAAGAUUGGUUGCGUUCGGUUACUCCCACGAACAAGUUUCCCUUGUUCUUGCUCCAAUGGCCGAAGGUAAGGAAGCUUUGGGUUCUAUGGGUAAUGACAAUGCUCUUGCCUGUAUCUCCGAACAACCAAAGUUGCUUUACGACUACUUCCGUCAAUUGUUCGCUCAAGUCACCAACCCUCCAAUUGAUCCAAUUAGAGAAGAAAUCGUCAUGUCUUUGGAAUGUUACGUUGGUCCACAAGGUAACUUGUUGGAAAUCAAGCCAGACCAAUGUAACAGAUUGUUGUUGAAGUCGCCUGUGUUGUCCACUAGCGAGUUGUUAGCUAUCAAGAACAUUGAAAAGGUUUAUCCAAAAUGGUCUGUUGCUAACAUCGAUAUCACUUUUGAUAAGGCUGAAGGUAUCCAAGGUUACAUCAACACCAUUGACAGGAUCUGUCAGGCUGCUUCCAAGGCUAUUGCUGACGACAACCAAGUUAUCAUCUUGAGUGAUUUGUCUACUUCUGCAACCAGAUUACCAAUCUCCGCAUUGAUCGCUGUUGGUGCUGUGCACCAUCACUUGGUUAGACAGAAGCAGCGUUCCAAGGUGGCUUUGAUCAUCGAAACUGCUGAAGCCAGAGAAGUCCACCAUGCUUGUUGUUUGGUUGGUUACGGUGCCGAUGGUAUCAACCCAUACUUGGCCAUUGAAACUUUGGUUAGAAUGAAGGCUGAAGGCUUGUUGAAGGACGAGUCCUUGUCCAAGGACAAGAUCAUCGCCAACUACAAGCUUUCUAUCGAUGCUGGUAUCUUGAAGGUUAUGUCCAAGAUGGGUAUUUCUACCUUGGCUUCUUACAAGGGUGCUCAGAUUUUCGAAGCUCUUGGUGUGGACAACUCUGUCAUUGACAGAUGUUUCGCCGGUACUGCCUCCAGAAUCAAGGGUAUUACUUUUGAGUACAUUGCUCAAGAUGCAUUCUCCAUGCACGAAGCUGGUUACCCUAACAGAGGAACCAUCAAGCCUGUUGCCCUUCCAGAAACCGGUGAAUACCACUGGAGAGACGGUGGUGAUGCUCACAUUAACGAGCCUGCUGCUAUCGCCUCCAUGCAAGAUGCGGUUAGAAACAAGAACGAGAAAGCCUACGAAGCUUACUCCAAGAAGGAAUAUGAAGCCAUCAAACACUGUACCUUGAGAGGAUUGUUGGACUUUGACUACGACAACUCGAAUUCCGUUCCUAUCGACCAAGUCGAACCAUGGACCGAAAUUGUCCGUCGUUUCUUCACUGGUGCCAUGUCUUACGGUUCCAUUUCCAUGGAAGCCCACUCCACCUUGGCCGUGGCCAUGAACAGAUUGGGAGGUAAGUCCAACACCGGUGAAGGUGGUGAAGACUCCGCCAGAUCUACCGUCAACGAGAACGGUGACACCAUGAGAUCUGCCAUCAAGCAAAUUGCUUCUGGUAGAUUCGGUGUUACUUCUUACUACUUGGCCGAUGCCGAUGAGUUGCAAAUUAAGAUGGCUCAAGGUGCCAAGCCAGGUGAAGGUGGUGAAUUGCCAGGUCACAAGGUCUCCGAACAAAUUGGUAAGACCAGACACUCGACUCCAGGUGUCGGUUUGAUUUCCCCACCUCCUCAUCACGAUAUUUACUCCAUUGAAGAUUUGAAGCAAUUAUUGUACGAUUUGAAGUGUGCCAACCCAAGAGCCAGAACUUCCGUUAAGUUGGUCUCUGAAGUUGGUGUGGGUAUCGUCGCUGCCGGUGUUGCCAAGGCAGGUUCCGAGAACAUCUUGGUUUCUGGUGGUGAUGGUGGUACCGGUGCUGCCAAGUUGACUUCCAUUAAAUACGCUGGUUUGCCAUGGGAAUUGGGUUUGGCUGAGUCUCACCAAACCUUGGUUCUUAACGACUUGAGAGGAAGAGUUGUUUUGCAAACCGAUGGUCAAAUUAGAACCGGUCGUGACAUUGCCAUUGCCUGUUUGUUGGGUGCCGAAGAAUGGGGUUUCGCCACUACUCCAUUGAUUGCCAUGGGUUGUAUCAUGAUGAGAAAGUGUCACUUGAACACCUGUCCAGUUGGUAUUGCUACCCAGGACCCAGAGUUGAGAAGAAAGUUCGAAGGUACUCCAGAGCACGUCAUCAACUUCUUCUACUACUUGGCCAACGAGUUGAGAAACAUCAUGGCUCAAUUAGGUUUCAGAACCAUCAACGAGAUGGUUGGAAGAACCGAAAAGUUGAAGGUCAGAGAAGACUUGAGAAACACCAAGAAUGCCAACAUCGACUUGUCUCCAAUUUUGACCCCAGCUCAUACCAUUAGACCUGGUGUUGCUACCCACUGUGUCAGAAAGCAAGACCACAGAUUGCACGUCAGAAUUGACAACAAGUUGAUCGACGAAUCUGAACUUACUUUGGCCAAGGGUUUGCCAGUUACCAUUGACUGUGACGUUGUCAACACUGACCGUACCUUGGGUACCACUUUGUCCUACAGAGUUUCCAAGACCUUCGGUGAGAAGGGUUUGCCACAUGACACCAUUCACGUCAACGUGAAGGGUUCUGCCGGUCAAUCUUUCGGUGCCUUCUUAGCCACUGGUAUUACUUUGGAAUUGGAAGGUGAUGCCAACGAUUACAUUGGUAAGGGUUUGUCUGGUGGUAGAAUCAUUGUCUACCCACCAAAGGAAUCCAAGUUCAAUGCCGAAGACCAAAUCAUCGCCGGUAACACUGCUUUCUUCGGUGCUACUUCUGGUACUGCUUUCAUCAGAGGUAUUGCAGCUGAAAGAUUCGCCGUCAGAAACUCUGGUGCCACUAUUGUUACUGAAGGUACUGGUGAUCACGGUUGUGAGUACAUGUCUGGUGGUAGAGUUGUUGUUUUGGGUUCUACUGGUAGAAACUUCGCUGCUGGUAUGUGUGGUGGUAUUGCUUAUGUCUUGGACAUGGCUCAAGACUUCGGUGACAAGGUUAACGCUCAAACUGUUGAAUUAUCUCAAGUUACUGAGCCAACUGAAAUUGCUUUCUUGAGAGGUUUGAUCGAAGACCACCGUCAUUACACCAACUCUGAAGUUGCUGACCGUAUCUUGAACGAUUUCAACAGAAUCUUGCCACGUUUCGUCAAGGUUUUGCCAUUCGACUACAAGAAGGUUUUGGAAGCCGAAAAGAAGAAGGCCGAAGAAGUCAAGAAGAAUGAGUUGAACACUUUCUUGAAAUCCUUCAAGGAAGACCCAGAGGCUGAUGUUACCAACGGUGAAGCUGCCAAGAUCAAGAAGGGUCACGUUCAUCGUGCUGCCGUUUCUGCUAAGGACGGACACAAGGAACCAAAGGUUUUGGAUGUCGAAGACACUAUUCUUGAUACUGAAUUGGAAAAGAAGGCUGUCGUCAAGUUAGACAAGGUCAAGGGUUUCAUGAAGUACAAGCGUCGUAACGAAAAGUACAGACCAGCCCAAGAAAGAACCAAGGAUUGGAAUGAAAUGACUUCCAGAUUAACCAAGGACGAAUUGAAGCACGAAACUGCCAGAUGUAUGGACUGUGGUGUUCCAUUCUGUACUUCCGAUACCGGUUGUCCUAUUUCCAACGUCAUUCCUAAGUGGAAUGAGUUGGUUUUCCAAGACAGAUGGUACGAUGCUUUGCAGAGAUUGUUGAUGACCAACAACUUCCCUGAAUUCACUGGUAGAAUUUGUCCAGCUCCAUGUAAUGGUGCUUGUGUCUUGGGUAUUAACAGCGAUCCAGUCAACAUCAAGUCUGUUGAAUGUGCCAUCAUUGACCACGGUUUCGAGCAAGGUUGGAUCAAGCCAGUUCCACCAACCCACAGAACCGGAAAGACUGUUGCCAUCAUUGGUUCUGGUCCAGCCGGUUUGGCCGCUGCUGACCAAUUGAACAAGGCUGGCCACAAGGUCACUGUCUACGAAAGAAGUGACAGACCAGGUGGUUUGUUGAUGUACGGUAUUCCAAACAUGAAAUUGGACAAGGGUAUUGUCAAGAGAAGAACCGACUUGUUGGCAGCCGAAGGCAUCGAAUUCGUGUGCUCUACCACCAUUGGUGAAGACAUCACCGUCGAAGAAUUGAAGAGUACUUUUGACGCUGUUGUUUUUGCUGUGGGAUCCACCAUUCCAAGAGAUUUGAGAAUCCCAGGUAGAGAGUUGAACAACAUCAACUUUGCCAUGCAAUUGUUGCACUCCAACACCAAGGCUUUGUUGGACAACGAGUUGGAGGAGAUCAGAAAGACCCUUGAAGGUAAGAAUGUUGUUGUCAUUGGUGGUGGUGAUACCGGUAACGAUUGUUUGGGUACAUCUACCAGACACGGUGCUAAGUCCGUCACCAACUUUGAAUUGUUGCCAAACCCACCUACCGCCAGACCAAAGGACAACCCAUGGCCACAAUGGCCAAGAGUGUUCCGUGUGGACUACGGUCACACUGAGGUUGCUGCUCACUACGGUAAGGACCCAAGAGAAUACUCCAUUUUGUCCAAGGAAUUCGUGGAUGACGGUGAAGGUAACGUUAAGGGUAUCAAGACCGUGAGAGUCGAGUGGAAGCGCUCGGACUCAGGGGCAUGGCAAAUGGCCGAAGUCCCAGGCAGUGAAGAGUUCUUCCCUGCUGAUGUUGUGUUGUUGUCCAUGGGUUUCGUUGGUCCAGACGCCGACAACUUGGAGGUUUCCAAGACCAAGAGAGGCACCAUCACCACUGUCGAUCCUAAUGCCUACAAGGUUGGUCAAGACGACAACUUGUUCGCCGCUGGUGACUGUAGAAGAGGACAGUCAUUAGUUGUGUGGGGUAUCCAGGAAGGUAGACAGUGUGCCAGAGAAGUGGACAACUACUUGAUGGGCUCAUCCAGAUUACCUGGAAACGGUUCCAUCGAACAAAGAAACUACAAAUUGUUAGAAGAAUUGGCCGAAAAGGUCUGA